GGGGAAUACAUAUAGGGGCGCGAAUAGGGCUGGUUAGCUAUAUAGCGCCAUGAUCGACAUAUCUGAUCCUGCAGUCCUUAGUGAGUGUACCAGCUCUUACAACUUAAGCAAUUGCUAACUAGGUUCAGAAUAAGUACGUGAGUCAACAAAAAUGGAGGACCAGUCGGGUUUGAGAAGAGGUGCAUGGACCAUAGAAGAAGAUAAUCUUCUGAGGCAGUGUAUUGCAAAGCAUGGAGAAGGAAGAUGGCGGCUGAUUCCUCCAGCUGCAGGCUUAAACAGAUGCGGGAAGAGCUGUAGGCUAAGAUGGGUCAAUUAUCUGAAACCGGAUAUAAAGAGAGGAGAUUUCGAGGACGAUGAAGUAGAUCUCCUCCAUAGGCUUCACAACCUUUUAGGCAACAGGUGGUCAUUGAUUGCUGGAAGACUUCCGGGAAGAACAGCAAAUGAUGUGAAAAACUUUUGGAACACCAAGCGGCGUCGGGACAAACCACAAAGAUUGGUGAAGCCCAUCAUACUAAGACCUAAACCACGAAGGUUAAUCUCGACCAGUUCACUCUGUUUGACGGGUCAAGGUUUAAUCGGAGACCAAAGUCAGUUAAAAAAGAAUAUUAGCAUGGCUUUACCAACAUCAUCAGCGUCACCAACAUCACCAAUACAGCAGGAAAUUGAUCGGUUGCGAGCCUUUUUAGAGGAGGAGGAGAGUAUUCGAACCACAACCUGUUUUAGUUUGACCCCUGAAGGAUUAUUUAUUGAAGAUCAUAUUCAAUCAGAAAACAGCAUUAGCUGCAGGGCUUUACCAACAUCAACAGCAUUAGAGGAUCAGCUUGAUUGGUGGAUGACAUUCUUAGAUCGAUAAUGAGGAAGUUGGUCUGUUAAAAGCAACAAAUUCUGGUCAAACACAAGAAGUUCUUGUUACCCUGUGGGGUAAGUUAUUGUGGUAUCUACUCUCUAGCUUGUCAACCAAAAUAAAAAAAUAUAUAUAUGAAGUAAAUCUCCUUGGAAAAAUGGGAAAUAGUUGAGCAUACAAGUAAAAAAUAUCUCACUUUGC